AUGGAAGGGAAACUGGUGCAAGCGGUCACGGAGAAGAAGCCCGUCCCUGAGAUUGACUUCACCCUCCAUACUAUGGAAGAUGGCACUCAGGUAUCCACACAGGAGCGAGUCUGCAAGGAGGUGCAAGCACCGGCAUUCAACACACCGACGAACGAGCAGUUCUGGUCCAGUGAAGAUCCCACCAAGCCAGACCUAAAGUUCCUCAAACAGCACUUCUUCCGCGAAGGUCGUCUCACGGAGGAACAGGCACUAUGGAUCAUCAAUACUGGAGAACAGAUACUCAGAUCAGAGCCAAAUCUGCUCGAGAUGGAUGCUCCUAUUACAGUUUGUGGCGACGUUCACGGACAGUAUUAUGACCUGAUGAAGCUAUUUGAAGUGGGGGGAGACCCAGCGGAGACGCGAUAUCUCUUCCUUGGAGACUACGUUGAUAGAGGUUAUUUCAGCAUCGAGUGUGUCUUGUACCUAUGGACCUUAAAGAUAUGGUAUCCCAACAGCCUUUGGUUGUUGCGUGGAAACCACGAGUGUCGCCAUCUCACGGAUUACUUUACCUUCAAGUUGGAAUGUAAACACAAGUACUCUGAGCGAGUUUAUGACGCUUGCACAGAAUCCUUUUGCGCUCUGCCCUUGGCCGCAAUCAUGAACAAGCAGUUCCUCUGUAUCCAUGGUGGCUUGAGUCCAGAACUGCACACCCUGGAAGACCUGAAAACCAUUGACCGUUUCAGGGAACCACCAACAUACGGACUGAUGUGUGACAUCCUGUGGGCCGAUCCUCUGGAAGACUUUGGCCAGGAGAAAACAGGCGAACAUUUCAUCCAUAAUAACGUCCGAGGGUGUUCAUACUUCUUUUCCUACCACGCAGCCUGUGCAUUCCUCGAGAAGAACAACCUGCUGUCGAUUAUUCGCGCACACGAGGCUCAAGAUGCGGGAUACAGAAUGUACCGCAAAACUCGAACCACCGGAUUCCCAAGUGUUAUGACCAUCUUCAGUGCACCCAACUACCUCGACGUCUACAAUAACAAAGCUGCCGUCCUGAAGUACGAAAACAACGUUAUGAACAUACGCCAGUUUAACUGCUCACCUCAUCCUUAUUGGCUCCCCAACUUCAUGGAUGUCUUCACCUGGUCCCUACCGUUCGUUGGAGAAAAAAUCACUGAUAUGCUUAUUGCCAUUCUCAACACAUGCUCGAAAGAAGAGCUUGAGGAAGAGACGCCGUUGUCAGCAUCUGAGGCCCCGCCAUCGCCAACUCUUCCAUCGAAUGAUCCAGAAAGUACCGAAUUCAAACGACGUGCUAUUAAAAAUAAGAUUCUUGCCAUUGGUCGUCUGUCUCGCGUGUUCCAGGUUCUUCGAGAGGAGUCCGAGCGGGUCACGGAGCUCAAAACAGCUACUGGCGGACGCCUACCGGCAGGAACCCUCAUGUUGGGCGCCGAAGGUAUCAAACAGGCCAUCCAUAACUUCGAGGAUGCUCGGAAGGUUGAUCUGCAGAACGAAAGACUACCACCAACCCACGAAGAAGUUACCAAGCGUGCUGAAGAGGAUCGAAGGCAGGCCUUGGAACGCGCCGCGCAUGAGGCGGCGAACGAUACGCAUCUGACUAACGUAGCCCGGAGAAUUAGCAUGUAA